AUGUUUGAUAACGAUUUCGACGAUCUGCUAAACUUGGAAGAAAAGUUCUACCGGGAAGGAUUUGAAGAAGGAGUGCAAGCAGGCAAGCAGAACAACUUCAGAGAGGGAAAGGAACUUGGAAUCCAGACCGGAUACCAGACAUUUUUGUACGUGGGUCAGAUACGAGGAUUGACACAUAGUUGGAAACUGUAUGUGGACAAGAUCAAUUCUGGCGAGAUAUCACCUCCUUCGGAGAGGGUUGGAGGAAAGGAAAGGGACUGGGUCAAGGUUAGUAAUCAGAUAAGCGAGCUGAAAAGUCUGGUUGACAGUUUAUAUGAGAAUGGGAAAUUGAAUCUCACGAAUAGUGAUGACGAUGUGAGCAAGAUCAGCAGCACAAUUAAGGCUUUGAGAACAAAGGCGAGGAUAAUAGCGGGAAUACUGGCUCAAAGGGAGCUGUUCCUAGAGAUGGAGAGGACGGCGUUGCAAGUUGCAGGUAAAAUCCAGACGAACCAGACAUUGGCGCCCGAGGAGGAUAUGUGGUAA